AUGUCUUACAUCACACGAGUACAAACCGAGGUUAAGACCAGCCCAGGCCUACAGCCGUUAUUACAAUUUCUUUCUCAGGAUACCCCCGAGAUAUCUCGAAGACAAACCCGGAUUAAGCUUAUCGAACAUGCAAAAGACUCUAAAGUACAAAAACUACCACUCCUUGAUCACCCUAGCCUACGAGAUUUUAUCUCCAGGAUCAAUGUCGCCGCCGGGAUGAUAGAUGGAGAUAUAUUCGGGUGCACCUUAAUAGUAGAAGACAUCCAGCCCUGUCACAUCCGGGACCUAGGAGAAGCCCUCUUCAUCGAUCCGGUGUUCUUCGCAGGCUACUUUGGAACAGAUUACAGGUCCGUCGAACGACAUCCAUUACCGUUAUGGGCAACUACUUUACCUUCCGAGUCCGCGACACAAGAAUUUUGUCAUAUCCAUUACCAGCGCGUGGUAAAACUUGAACACUAUUCCAGCCCACCUGACAAUGUUCCUCUCGUCACGUCAGCCAGCGUGCCGCGGGCUGUCAAGAGAUUGCCUCCCUUGAAAGGAGUCAAUGUUGCCUUAGCUCGUACAUGCACUUCCGUCCUUCGAAAACGCUUUGACUCUGGGUUCUGGAUCUGUUUGAUUAUCGUAGACUCGACCACCGCAGAUGCCAUCCAGCAAACGAGCACUGUGUAUCAUACACCUAUAUUCGUGGCGCGUCAGACACCUUUGCAUGGCUCUGUAAAGCCUGGAACAGGCUUUGCAGGUUCGUCAACAGCUCAGCUGUCGUUGCAAACAUACGAAAAACCACCACCGUCGAAUUUCGACCGUCUCACAGCUUCUAUUAUACGCACCAACACAUUCAGCGUAGAGAAGCCAAGUAUGAUCUCACUCUGUUCGAACCCAUUGCGUUUCGCUCUGCAGGAGUUCUUAGUUUACUCAGCCGUAAUGCAUAGAUACGUCAAGCACUACGAGUACUCCUUAAAGGACCUAGACCUCGCCCUCCGGGGCGACGACAUCAACGACUUGCAAAUAUGGCGGCGGCGAGCAUUUCAGACCCUACAGAAAUUGCUCGCCAUGCACAAUUUCGUCGAGCACUGGAGCGCCGAGGAACAGCUGCUCGAGACACCCGGGGCGAAUGCAGGAGCCUGGUUAAUCAAGGACAUUCAACACCUGGUAACCGCUAUUGAACACCAUAGUAGGUCCCUAGAGGCGAUAAUUCCAGUUACGAUGGCCAUGGUUCAGCUUGUCGAUAUGCGUCGGUCGAUGGAUGAGGCUUCGCACGUAAAACAGCUGACGUAUCUCGCUCUCGUAUUCGUCCCCCUUUCUUUUGUCACUGGUAUAUUUAGCAUGUCCGAGAGCGUCUUUCCGGGGAGCAGUGGUUUUUGGCUAUACUUUGCGGUUGCUGUGCCACUUUUACUCCUCGUUCUGGGAGCGAGCUGGUUAAUACCUUUGAGAGCCUAUUUAGCUAAAAGAAAGCAGAAAGCGUUGAAAUAG